AUGCAUAAAUUUGGCCCAGUGGACUCUGCUCAUUCAGAAAAAUCUACAGAGAAUAGAAAGACAAGAUUCUCUCUUGCAAUUGCCAUGCUGGUUACUGAUGUGAAAGACUUGCUCCUUGGCAAGUUCUCACAACAUGUGAUAAGUGGCCACAAUUGCAGCAGUGUAGACAGCAAUGAUCUGAUGGCAGAAGAAGGUUCUGAGGGUUUAGUGCACUUUACUGAACCUGCCGAUUUUGUUGUUCUUGACAUGAAGGCAUCAAUCAUUGCAACCUUUUUUGCUUUGUUUCUGACUUGUACAUAUGCAACUAAAGAAGCCACAAAGAAGAACAAAAAGGCUAAACUAUAUGUACCUGAGAUAGACUGCGACAUCAAAGCAGGGAAGAUAAUCAAUCCGGAAUUCAUUGCAAAAUGUCCACCAGGAUGUCAAGACAUAAAAUACCGUGUUUAUGGCACCGACAUUUACGCUUCUUUUUCCAGUGUGUGCAGUGCUGCUAUUCACAGUGGUACAAUUGACAACUCAGGAGGGAAAAUCCUUGUUCAGAAAGUUGCUGGACAAUCUGGUUACAGAGGGAGCUUCUCCAAUGGAAUCCGAUCCUUGUCCCUACCACGCUGGAGGGAGUCCUUCAUUGUUUCAGAAGGCAAACCAAAGAAAGGUGUGACAUACCCAUCAACUCUUGAAUAUUCUUCCUCAAAAAGCUCACCUGUUAAAACAGAAUCUAAAAAGUCAGCACAAGAUAUAAAGGCUACCAGGAAUACAGACACCUCUAAUGCAUCAGAAAAAUCACCUGAACAAGCCGAUGCACUCCGCAAAGAAUAUCAGACGUCUCCGGGACCAGUACCAACUACACAGGUUACCACAACUCUGAAGCCCACCAUGACUCCAGAACCUAUCAGCACAAGACCAAAGCCAACUACAUCCCCUGCAACAACCAGCACUACAACUGCUAUUACCGCUGCCAAACCUCGAUCUGCAGUGCAUAGGGUCAGGGAUAUAGGUCCUAGCAGUGUCCAUCCAGUUUACUCAGCUGUGGCAGCUGCAGCAUCAAGGCAGGUUCAGGCCGCACAAGGAAGAGGCCAGAAUCAAGCAUCCAGGAGCACUUCACCCUACGCAAGUAACAGAAAUAUUCCUCGAGCCAAUACAGGUAUUCAACGCCAAGAGCCUGUCGCAGCCUUCCGGAAACCUGCCGGGUCUCCAGUCCAUCUCGCUUUGGAAACUGACUUGUGGAAACCUGGAUCAAGCCUUUUUGACACAGGCUUCAGUUCAAAGGAAGAAUUGAAUCCGAAACCUUUGGAGCCAGUUUCCCAGGGAAACCCAAACUGCAAAGUUGAUUUGUCCUUCUUGAUUGAUGGGAGCUGGAGCAUCGGUAAACGCCGUUUUCAGAUCCAAAAACAAUUCCUCAGUGAUGUGGCUCAAGCUCUUGAUGUUGGCAUAGCUGGUCCUCUCAUGGGCAUUGUUCAGUAUGGCGAUGACCCUUCUACAGAAUUUAACCUCAAAACUCAUGCAAACUCCAGGGAUGUGAAAAAUGCCAUUGAGAAAAUUCCACAGAAAGGAGGACGUUCUAAUGUUGGGAAGGCACUUUCAUUUGUUAACAAAAACUUCUUUUUGGAUUCCAAUGGAAACCGAGGUGGAGCACCCAAUGUGGCCAUAGUGCUAGUGGAUGGAUGGCCCACCGAUAAGGUAGAGGAGGCCUCCAGACUGGCAAGAGAAUCUGGAAUCAACAUUUUCUUUGUCACCAUUGAAGGAGCUGAUGAAAACGAAAAACGGAAUGUUAUUGAACCCAACUUUGUGGACAAGGCUGUAUGCAGAACAAAUGGCUUCUAUUCCAUUAACGUGCCAAGCUGGUUCAACCUACGCAAGGUAGUCCAGACCUUGGUGAAGCGGGUCUGCGACACUGAUCGACUGGCUUGCAGCAAGACGUGUCUAAAUUCAGCUGACAUUGGUUUUGUAAUUGAUGGUUCCAGCAGCGUUGGCACUGGCAAUUUCCGCACUGUCCUCCAAUUUGUAGCCAACAUAAGCAAAGAAUUUGAGAUUUCAGACACUGACACCCGUAUUGGAGCUGUGCAGUACACCUAUGAGCAGAGGCUGGAGCUUGGAUUUGACAAACACAGCACUAAGCAAGAUGUUCUGAAUGCUAUUAAGCAAAUCAACUACUGGAGUGGAGGGACCAGCACUGGAGCAGCCAUCAACUAUGCCUCUGAACAGCUCUUCAGCAAAUCCAAACCCAACAAGAGGAAGAUAAUGAUUCUUAUUACAGAUGGCAGGUCUUAUGAUGAUGUCCGAGUGCCAGCCAUGACAGCUCAUCAAAAUGGGGUCAUAGCUUAUUCUGUUGGAAUUGCAUGGGCAGCCCAAGAUGAACUGGAAUCCAUUGCAACAGACCCGGAUAAAGAGCAUUCCUUCUUCGUGGAUGAAUUUGACCAUCUCUACAAAUUUGUUCCUAGGAUCAUCCAGAACAUUUGUACAGAGUUUAAUUCACAACCCCGGAACUGAUGAAAGUAGGCAAAGCAUUAUACUAAUGCUGGGUCACUGGGUGUCAUGCAGAAGAUACACAAAAUGCUAUACAAGUAAUGCCAGCUAUGAGUCCAAGAAAUACUAGAAGAGUUAUUCUCUGGCAUUUUUCAGUUAACAAAGCUGAUUUCAGCUCUAUUCCUUAUGCAUGAUAAAGCUCUGUGUAGACAGGCAUUUUUAUUUUAACUUUUUUGCUGGCUUCAAAACUCUGGCUUGGUUGGAUAGACAAAGACAGUUACAACCCUUGAAAAGAUAAAUCAAAUGACUCAGCUUUGUAGAUUGAAAAUUUGUUUCCAGAAGAGAGGUUUGAAAAGGUUUUUCAGUGUAGAUCCCAGGGACAUUUUCAUUUGGCCUUUGUGUAUUGCAGAAGCUCUCUUUAAAGACAUUCUCUAUCAUAGUGCUUCUCAAA